AAAUGGUUGUUGUUUUUAUCAGUGUCUGUAGUGGCCACAGCUAUAAGAACAUCCUGUGACAAAUUUUUAUUUCGCAAUUUUUUUUUACACGAAGUUUGAUAAGUACUUCAUAUUAGUGACUGCAAAUGCAAGAGUAGAAAGAUGAAACGGAUCCUAGCGAUAUUAGCAUUGAUGCUGUUCACAUCUAGUGCGCACGCCCACUGUGCGCAAAAUGCGCUUGCUCAUCUCCCAUACGUGGUGGAGCAUGCUGUUUGGAGAGGGUGGAACCAAGCCCUCAUAUACACCCCUGAUAACUACCAGGAUUGCGAUUGGGCGAUCGUACGACUGAUGAAAUGCCUGGCUGUGAAUGGCAUAGCGUCUGUUGUAAACCCCACAGGGGGUGCCCGCCUCCAGACCCUGCUUGGGGUGGUUAUAAUGACCCCGAGGUUGCAAAACAACAAUACCGCAUCACUGAAAUCGCUUUUGAAAAAGCUCCACGAAAUAGAAAUGAAUACAGCUUCAUUUGACUGGCUCAUGGUAACCAGAUCAGAAUAUGACUUCAGGUAUAUUAAUGAAGUUUUGAAUGCCACCUCAGUUCGGUUCGACCAGAAUAUUGUCGUUGUGUAUCCCAGUCUAAAUUAUAAUACGAAAGAUAGUCUUUCGGAAUUGUGCGGAGGCAAUUUUAUAUACAGAAACGACAAAAACAGGUCUUUUAAUAGACGGAAUGGUAAUAAUAUUCGAUAUUAUAUUAACUGUCGGAAUACAGGGCGCAGCCAUCACCAGUGCUCCAACGAAUAUGAAAUGAAUUACUACCGUAGUUCUGAAAGAUUCAGGAAUAUUACACGUAAUAAAACAUAUAAGAAAAACGGACAAGUUCUGCCUCUUUGGCGCACUGGAUAUACAAGCUAUAACUACUCAAGGACAUUUAUUAUGACAAAUAUAAGCAAAUUCUCGCUGAGACAGCAGUUUUAUAGGUGGGAAAAACGUAACCGCUUGAACGGGAAAGAGAGCGGAAUAAAUAUUGUUCAAUAUUUUAAAGUGCGGAUAAAUUCCACAUUAUAUGCUUUUUAUUUGGGUUGUUGGGUGAAAGGACUGUCUAUGUCUGGAGUCGAUCCACCAUAUCCUGUAGAGGCGCGCAACUUCCUCGGCGAAAAGCUGACGGUCGGCAGGUGUAACGGUUCAGCUGACGGUUCCACCUCCUUGGAAGACGAUGGACCCUCCGCGCCUACUUUGCUGGAUGAUGUUCUUUAUUUUCUUACCGUCCGAUUGAAUACAACGUCGCGAAAUCGUUACUUCAGCAAAUUAGGCUUCCGUACCUACGAAGGGACUUGGACAGGCCUCUUGGGAGCUCUAAUGGAACAGACUAUAGACCUGGCUUUGGAGCCAGUGACAGCUCACCCUUCGCGACAUGAUGACAUGGAUUUUAUAUUUCCCAUAGCGGAAACUAUGUGCAACAUCUACAUUCGCCAGCAAGAGACGUCGACCGUAAGGGACAUAUUUUUAGCUCCAUUCAGCGCUCGUCUUGUGGCAUGUGUCUUGGCUGUAGCGGUCGUGGCUUCCUUGGCAGUCGUCCUCAUAAGCAAGCUAGCUCCUACCAUCAAGAAUAAGGGGAGACCGAUGGGAUUUACUGAAGCCUUGAUUUGGUCCACCGGAAUCCUCUGCCAGCAAGGAGGAAACUGGACUCCGCCGAACCCAGCAGGGAGUAUGCUGCUAAUAGUGUGCCUACUCUUCGCUGUGGUGACGUACAACGCGUAUGCAGCCUUCAUCACGUCGGUUCUUUCCGUGCGGGUCGCCAGCGUGGAUACCGUAGCGGCUGUACUCCACUCGCCUAACUUCAAGAUCGGCUACAUCAGGAACGGCGCUGACCAAAUGUACCUUAUGUCGACUAAAGACUCUCAGUUGAACGCAUUCUACAUCCGCGGGUACUCUGACGCAGACAACCUGGUGUCGUCGGCGGAGGAAGGCUUGGCGCGCGCCGCCAAACAGGACUAUGCAUUUUUCGCUGGACAGCGGUCAGCUCGGUCAACAUUAAGGUCACUAAGUCAAGCCCGUGGUAGAUGCGCGGUCCGAGAGUUGCCAGUACAUUCGACGCGUGCCCAGUUGGCUUUUCCGCUGCCCAGGCGCUCCCCAUACGCCAGGCCUACCCUUGUCAGCUUGCUACAGCUAAGAAGUACGGGUGCGCUGGCUCGGCUAGGCUCGGCGCUGGUGCCGGCCAUGCCGGAGUGUGCGCCGCCCGUCGGCUUCGCUUCGGCUCGGGCUAACGAUGUCCGGUCUGCUUUACUGCUCAUAGUGUCUGGCCUCAUUGCUGCCUUCUUACUAGGUAUUGGCGAAUAUUGUUGGAAGAAUAGACAAGAAUUGGCUCAAUUUCUAAUUGCAUGUUACAGGCGCCUUUUGAACAUAUUUACUUAAUAAUUGAUUACUAGGUUUAUGUAGGCAAGGUUUACGUUUAUUAUAUUCAAUAACAUAUCAUUAAUCACUGAAGGUGAUUUAUUAUUAUAAUAUUUAUCACAAAAGUGUGUUACAUGAAAUUUGUUUACCCCAUUGUCUGAUUGAUUCUAGUUUGAAAUGAAGGGGCUUCAACAGAAAGGGGUUAUGUCCGGCCGUAAAUGUGUAGGUUUACCCGGUGUAAUCCGAUAUCUGGCUGGAUAAGAAAUACAACCCUCAUAGUUCAGUGCAUAGUUAUUCUUAACAUAGUUACUCUCUGUAUUUUAGGUCUAGUGUGAUAAAGGUAGUAUUAUUGACCAGUUUUUUUGAAAUAUGAACUAUAGACAUAGACGACGCAUUCGAAGAGGCAAACGCAAUUGCAAGGGCCA